AUGGCUUGGUGUAGUUUAAUGUCAAUCCAUAUUCCAACCAUCGAUGUGGGUGUACUACACACUCGCUCUCCAUUAGCCGCAGCUGGAGGAGUUGUUGUUGGCUCUUCCUUUUGGCGAUCUUCCUCCAGAAAUGGGUCUCCUUUUGCUUGCUUAAGCCUCUCCACUUCUACUGGGAUAAAGGAGGCUGUGGCAACUGACAAAGCUCCAGCUGCGUUGGGACCAUAUUCUCAGGCCAACAAGGCCAAUAAUCUUCUCUUUGUCUCUGGUGUUCUUGGUCUUAUUCCACAGACUGAAAAGUUCAUUUCAGACAGUGUAGAGGAUCAGACAGAACAUGUACUCAAAAAUAUGGGAGAAAUCCUCAAAGCUAGUGGUGUUGAUUAUUCCUCUAUGGUUAAGACAACAAUUAUACUGGCUGAUUUGAAAGACUUCAGGAAAGUAAAUGAGAUUUAUGCUAAAUAAUUUCCUUCACCUGCUCUAGCUCAUUCAACAUAUCAUGUUGCAGUAUUGC